AUGAAGCUGGCGUUGGCCGAAACGUUUCUCUGGUGCCUGUGUUCAGUUGUUGCCAAUGUGUUGUGCCUGUUGUAUCGUCGUCUCUCAUAUCGAUUGCUGGGAAAAGUGAAAAACUUGAUGGAAAUGUGGAAGGUGCAGGUGGUGCUGGUGCACCUUGUGCUGCUCGUCUGCCUCAUGCGGAUAUACUAUCAGACUGGGCCACUGACUCAACUGGAACCGCAGAAGACGAUGCCGGAAAUGGGUCUACAACCACUCGCCGAUCGCCUGGUUGUCUUCCUUGCCGAAGGACUUCGAGCGGACACUUUAUUCUCGCAGAAUUGCAGCCGUGCUUCAUAUUUCAGGGAAAUAAUCCAGCGCGAUGGUCUGGUGGGUAUAUCAAAAACAAAUGUUCCCAGUCUCACCGGAUCCGCACAAGUUGCCCUCUUCGCUGGUUUUUAUGAGAAGCCAUGCCUAUUUCACACUGCUAAAUUCGACUCGAUCUUCAAUCGCACUUUAAAGUCUGAUCAAGGAAGGGUUUUGAGUUUCUCGAAAAUCUCCGAUCUUCAAGACCGCUUGAAGAAUAAUGCCUGCUUGACAAAGUUAAAGAACUCCACCAGGCUGGGGAUAUUCGUGUCCUUGAAAAAUGUGGGUGGUGCUAGUCCCCUGGACUUGAAAUAUCAAAAGAAGCUUCAUAAUACCCACAGAAAUAUUCGAGAUGCCUUUGAUUUGAUUGAGAGCACUUUUGAUGAUAGGAGAACUACUUACCUGUACACUUCGGCUCACGGACUUACAAAUUUGGGCUCCCAUGGCGGUGGUUCGGAUGAAGAAAGGAAUACGCCCUUUGUCCUUUGGGGUGCAGGCAUUACAAAGACCAAAAUGGUCACCUCGAAUGUUGAGACAAACAAAAUAGACCAAAUCCAAUUUGCUCCUUUGCUAUCUGCCUUGAUUGGCCUACCGCCACCAGUGAAUAAUCUGGCCAUGUUGCCACACGGAUUCCUCAACGAAUCCCGAGAAUACGAGAGGAAGGCAAUGCACCUUAAUGCCCUGCAACUUUUGACCCAAGCCAAGGAAAUAAUAAGCCGCCACGAGCGGGGAGUUUUCCACAAGUGGCUGCCAAAGAAUAGUGAUCUCGAUCUGCAGAGGAUUGCCUUCUACCAGAACCAGAUGGAUCACCUCAUGGACAGAGGUUGGGGCGGCAAGGCGCUGGAGACGAGCAUGCUGGCGAUCAAAGUGGCCCAGAAAUCUUUGAAGUCUUACUUUGGAUACUACUACUGUCCAUUGGUAUUCAGUACAGCGAUGGCUCUUCUAGGUUGGCAAUUCCAUCUGCUGGUGAAGCUAUCAAGCGAUUCACAGGAUUCGAAGGAUAAACGAAGGGGUUUCCUCACUUGGACCUCGAUCGUGCUGAUCUCCCUUGGACUUUUGCUGGGUGAGCUGGUCUUCCUACAGUGGGCCUCACUCUUGACCAUCUUCUGCCUGAUUGUUCCCUUUGGCAUCUGGUGUUGGACUCUCGCUGAAUUGCCCAUAAAAAGCAGUUGGCUUAUUGAACCCCUAGUUCAUCUUAUAUGGAUUAUACCAACCGCUGGAGUCAUCAUAGUCACGCUCUACUGCAGUUGUCCUUUAAGUCUGGUCUACGCAUCGUGUGUUGCCUUCUACAAUCGACGAGGUUGGGUAUAUCCUUCGGCGAAAUUUCUGGCCUGGUUGGCACUUGUUUGCCUGCUAAGUGGAUUCCUUUGGUCCCUGCCUAAAAUGGAAAACCUGAUGACCACCAACUGUCGAGUGAUUCUACAAACCAUCAGUAUGCUUUUGGUGAUGCUGCGUCCCCUUUUCCUCAUGGAGAAUCACAAGUGGAGGGUGUGGAUCGCCAACGGAGGAAUGCUCGUCGUUGGAGGAAUUGGAAUUUACUUUAAAGAGACGGGCAAACCGUUUCCCCUGUAUAUAAUGGCUGCCAAUUGGACGUAUCUCUUUUAUGCCUUCGCAUCUGUGCUUUUCAGCGGGAGUUCCAGUCCGAAAUCUCGCCUUCAACUGAUUUGCUUCAACUUGCUGACGGUUCAUGCACUCCUCAGUGAUUCAUACACAUCCCUCUUCGCCCAAGGAUUAAUUAUAGAGUUUCAAAUUGGAAGCGAAGUCCACGAGGAGUGCCGAUCACCGGAGGAGGAGGUGGCAGCCAAGGAGGAGAGGACACUCACUCCCUCGAAACAUCUGCACUUAUCCUACCGCUUCGCCGCAUCCUUGCUGCUUUACUUCUAUGUUUCCCUCAUCGGAACUGGGCAUUGGAUGCGUGGCUUCACCUAUUUGGCCAAUACUGCCCGACUCUUUCUGCCGGAUUGCUGCAGCUCACUGAUGCCAUUUUUGGUCCUCGUGCACUUGCUGAUUCCAUCCCUGAUAAUCCUCGCCAGCUUGCAGGCACAGAGCUCCUUUGGUCGUCAAGAGAUCCGAUCAAUUUUCACCUGUGUAAUGCUCAUCUGCAACGCAGUCGUUUUCUUCUUUGUUGUGUUUGUUCCCCAUCACGAAAAUUGGCCAACAGCUCAUCCAUCCGUAAUCAAGGCACUUCUGGCCCAACUCACAGUCAUCCUGCUUUUGGCCUGCGACUCUUGGGUCGUCUUUCUUUUCCGGGGACUCAAUAUGAUCAGAUCACCAGCCCCGAAACGAAGAAGUCCAAUUAUUGAUGAUCCCACAGUAAACUCAAGUGUGGUUUGAUUCAUGGCUUAAAACUGAUCAUAAAUUAUCAAAAUAUCAAAACGUAAACAAAUUUAUGGUCUACAUGUUCGGAACUUUAUAUAACUUUUCAGACCUUUUACCAAUUAAAGAACGUUAUCUAUUUUCUGAGACUAGCAAUCAACAAAUCAAA